GGCCGCUCUCGCGAGCAUUACCAACUGCUCGCCCACCGGGCAGCGACGGCUAUCAACGGCGGUUCUUCUGCUGACGACAGAACCCAUCUCGGAACUGGUGAUGCGACUUAGGACUGCGUGCUCGACGUGAAGUGCUCCUUUCUUUCCCUUUGUCUCGGUACAUAGGUCAACCAUGUGUUCGUCGAGUAAUAAUUGCGUGGUAAGCCAAUGCCGCCUGCGGGUAUCGAAUUCGCUGCGCUUACUGUCAGUUCUUACGUGUUUACUGGGAUUCGUGGGAUACUCUGCUACCUUCAAUGUUGACACCGAGCACAUGGUGCGCUUCCGCGGAAGUCGCGGCUCCAUGUUCGGAUUUACCGUCGCCGAGCACCAAGAUAUCCAAGGCAACGCGGUGCUGGUGGGCGCUCCCGCCGACGACACCUCGCGGUACCAGCCGGGGGUGGUGAGGGGUGGCGCCGUCUACCGCUGCGACGUGCGCGCUGACGACUACUGCCAGCAGAUGCCCUUCGACAGGAACGGCAACCAGAGGAACUACUCGGGCUAUGACGUCGAGAACAAAUCGUACCAGUGGUUCGGUGCCACGCUGCAGACUUCAGGGAACGGCAAUGUUGUUGCGUGCGCGCCCCGCUACGUGAACCUGCCCUGGACGUCGGUGGGCCCCAGCGUGGACCCAGUGGGGACCUGCUACGUGGCGAGCGACAACUUCCGCCGCAUCACCGAGUACGCACCCUGUCGCGGUGGUGCCACUGGCCACCACCAACUGGGCUCCUGUCAAGCUGGAUUCAGCGCCUGCCUCUCCAAGGAAGGAGACCGCUUGUUCAUGGGAGCACCAGGAAGCUGGUACUGGCAAGGACAGGUGUAUUCACAGAGUUUGCAUGACAAACCUGACAUUUCUAAAACAACUGAAGGACCAGUGAUAUUGGACAACUCAUACCUUGGAUACUCAAUGGCAGCUGGGGACUUCACUGGAGAUGGCAGCAGUGGUACUGCUGUUGGUAUGCCUCGAGGUGGUAGACUCUUUGGCAAGGUCAUUCUGUAUACAGAAACUCUGGAUGUUGUUCGUGAAUUUACUGGAGAGCAAUUGGGUGCUUAUUUUGGAUAUGCAAUUUGCAUUGCUGAUAUGAAUGGAGACAACACUGAUGAUAUUGUGAUUGGAGCACCACUUUACACUCUUCCUAACAAUGAAGGAAAAUAUGAAACAGGACGCAUAUACGUUAUUUACCAAGAAGCAGGAAUGAACAGAUUUACCAAAAACCAUUGGCGUGAUGGUGUGAAUUCCAAGUCAAGAUUUGGUUUGUCUCUAGCAUCAAUUGGAGACAUUAAUAAAGAUGGAUAUGGAGAUAUUGCUGUUGGUGCUCCAUAUGAUGGUCCCAGAGGUGGUGGAGCUGUUUAUAUUUAUCAUGGAUCAAAUGCUGGCAUUAUGAAAGAAACUUCUCAGGUGAUAUAUGGUGAAAACAUAUACAAUGGAAUCACAACAUUUGGGUUUUCUGUUACUGGUGGGGUAGACCUUGACAACAAUCAGUAUCCUGAUAUUGCUGUUGGUGCUUAUGAUGCUGACGUGGCUCUUUUCUUCAAGUCAAGACCAGUAAUAGUGAUGGAUGCCAGAGUAACGCUUGGUCCUGAGUCUAAGGUUAUAAGCCUUGAGGAGAAUAAUUGUACAUUAAGAGAUGGUACCAUGACCACGUGCACAACUGUUACAAUGUGCUUUAAAUAUAGUGGCAUUGGUGUUGAUCCUCAGCAUGAAUUUGAAGUUCAGUUAGUACUGGAUGCCAAAAAACCGAAAAGUCCAAGAUUGUUCUUUCAUCGAAAUGAAGGUAUAAAUUCAAAGAAUUUCACACUGACUCUCAGCAGAAAUUCUGAAUACUGCAGAAGUCAUUCAGUCUACAUUCGGCCUGGAAUAAGAGAUAAAUUAUCACCUCUUGAGGCAGUGAUAAAAUAUGAUACAAAAUAUAGCAGAGAGAGAGUUCAGCGGUCACUGACACCAGUUCUCGACCAGAGAAAGCCACUAUCAGAACAUGAUGCAAUCAACAUACAGAAAAACUGUGGUGCUGAUAAUAUAUGCAUACCUGAUCUUGUGCUGGAAACAGAUCCGGCUGUAACAAGAUAUUUUCUAGGAUCAGGAGAGAAACUUGAAAUAGAAGUCAAAGUAAUAAAUAUGGGAGAAGAUUCAUUUGAAACAAUGUAUAACUUGAAAAUUCCACCUGGUUUACAUUACACUAAAAUUGAGAGAUUGGAUGACAAUGAACAAGAAAUUCCAGUACUAUGUUCUGCCCCUUCCACACAAAAUAAUAAUACCUUAAAGUGUGAUAUUGGUAAUCCUUUGCCAAGAAAUAAGCAGUUGCACUACAAAGUUGUUCUGGAGCCAUUCUACAAAGAGAAUUUGAAACCACAGUAUGAAUUUGUAACAGAAAUAAAUAGCACCAACCCAGAAAAUGCUAGUUCCUUGGAAGACAAUGUAAAACGUUUCAGUGUACCUAUCUCCAUAAAAACAGACAUCUCAGUCAUGGGAGCAUCAAAUCCACAAGAAUUAUAUUAUAAUGCAACAGCCUACAGUGCUGUCAAUAUAACUCGUGAGUCAGAGAUUGGACCCCAGGUGACACAUACAUACACAAUAGUCAAUCAAGGACCAUCUGACAUUGUGGAAGCUGAAGUGUAUGUCCUUUGGCCAAUGUACACACUUGCAGGUGAUCCCUUCUUUUAUGUACUGGAACAACCUGACGUCAGUGGUCCUAUUGUCUGCGACAAGCUGGUAGAUGCAAAUCCUUUUACUUUAAAGAUUGAACAGAGAGGAAAAGGUCUGGAAGGAUCAAUCCACUCUACUCAGCAAGGAAACAUAGGUGCAGGAGGAAGUUCUGUAUCAAAAACCACAUCAGAAGUAACAGUUGGCGGCAGAUCUACCAUCACUGAAACACACCGUGUAACAUCUAGUAACACUACAUAUCACCAAAUAGCAGGUGCAGACACAACGCUUGUAGAACACAAAGCAGAGGGUGGAAUUUUCUCAGAUGAUAAAUUGUCAACAGGGCAAUCGUCAUCGACUGUAAGUGAAGGAGGUGAUCUAACAUAUAAACAGCAGUUCGAAAAGGGACACGGUGGUGGUGAAGGAUACAACAUUACUUAUUAUUAUGGACCAGACAAUGAAACUAGCACAGGAAGAAGGAUCUAUACUUAUCGAAACUAUACAGUUACUUGGGAUGAAAGUGGAAAGCCUACACGACAUUAUAGCAACUACAGCUUUUCUACUUCUGAAGACAGUGAACGAGCUUUCAGUCUUGUGGAAACAGGUGCUAUGGGUGCUGGAAUCAAUAAAUCAGUUGAAAGUUAUGAGUCAUCACAAGUACAUCAUCGUACGUCUCCUAAUACAUCUCAGUUCAGUAGUACUGCACAUGUGGUGACUGAUCAUGGUAUUGUGCAGCCCGUUGCAAAAGAAGGUGGCAUUCGCUUUGUACCUGCUCCCGGUUUUGGAGGUGAUGAGACUUCAGAUACCUUACAUGUUGAAGAACACCUCUUUCCUGGAUCUGUCACUUCUGAUGGUCAGUUGAAACAUUAUUGGAUUUCAGGCGAACCAAACACUGUUAGUCAGUCAGGAACACACAGGACACUGAACGACAUUAGCAGAGGCACUGCCUCACAGCAUCAUUCAUCAGGUUCAGCACAGAGUGCACAUUCCCACCUUGCCAGCAGUACUGAGGAUAUUGGAAGUGGUGUCAGAAAAUAUAGUUCUCAACAAUGGAGUCAUAGCCAGUCUUAUCCCAGUGCCACAGAAGAGAGGCAUUAUGAAAGUGUGGAUGGAGAAACAGAAUAUGAGUAUGAGGAGGAAGAUGAGUACUAUGAAGAAACAGAUAGCAUGAAUGCUGAUAAUUCUAGGCAUUCAGCCAAUUUGCAGCAAUCCAAAGGAAAAACAGAUAAAUUUAAACUUUACGAUAGAUUCAGAAGGGAUGUUGCAACCGACAAUGACUUUCAACAACUGAUACAGUGCAAUUCUACAAAAUGUAUUCGUCUCAGAUGUGUUGUUAAGAAAUUUAUCAAAGAUCAGGAAAUAAACAUUCAGAUACGUUCACGAGCAUGGGUGCAAACACUUAAAAAGGUUGCCUCAAAUAAGCCACUUCGGGUGUCAUCACUCUUGGCAAUGCAGGUGACACAACUGCCUUAUAUUGGAAAGCCUUAUUACCCAGUGAUCAGAAGUGAGGAAGUUUUCACAGAUGCCAUCUCAACAGACGUGCCUGUAAAGCCUGAUAUUGUCCCUUUAUGGGUUGUUGUUCUCUCUGCAUGUGCAGGAGUGCUGAUACUUUUGUUAUUAGUACUGCUGCUGUGGAAGUGUGGGUUCUUCAAGAGGAACAGACCAUCUGAUGCAGCAGAAAAAGAGCCUUUAAAUCGCAAUGGCAGUUACUGAAGACUGUGAAUGGAAGAUUAAUGGGAAACUGCUGUGUGCAAGUUCACUAAGACUGAAUAAUUAGCACAUAGUUCAAUGAAUUACAUGAACAAUGGGAAUACAGCUCUCUCUGUACUUUUAAUCUGUAUAAUUUUGUGGACUGAAUGUAAAAUUUGUGGACUCUA